CGCUAUUUAUGCUUGUCAAAAUAACGAGAAGGAAGGGAGAUCUAUUUCAUUCGUAGUGAUAAAAUUACCAACUUCUCAAUAUUGUGACCCCAAUAUCUAUUAUUUCAGCCGAAAGUUCAAGUCAAAUCUAAAUGAGAGAACAGUUUUCAUGUUUUAUCCCAGAUUGAAUGGUCGAAAUGAGAGACCUACCAUACUUUACUUGUUUGGUUCUGUACAUAUUUUCUUUCCAAAUUAUUGCUACGAAUUCUCGUACAUCUAAUAUUUGGAAACUUAAUCCUGAAGAAGGUACAAUAGUUGAUGGCAAUACGUUGACCCAGGAUGACGCUGAUAAGCAAAAAAUGACUGAAGAAGACCCCAUAUUCAACAUAAUAACCUCCACUGUGUACUAUGGGAACACUUGGACUAAGCAUGGCUUUGACAUGUUUUGUACUGACUGCCAAGCUUAUGAACAGCAAAGAUCCGGUGUUGAAAACGGAGAUGAGUCGACACUGACUGAGACUAAUGGUGAUGUUGACGAUGAAUACUUGGACUGCGGGAAGGCUGUCAACUUCACAUACUAUGACAACCUUGUGGGGGUGGCCAGGCGCCAUAGACAUCCAAAUGUUCCUGAGCCACAGGUGGCUCUUAUAUUCACAAAAAAGAAGUCCUUUAAAAAUGGUGUGACGGAGCUGGAUAUAAACGCUCUGGAGAAACGACUGAAAAAAGCUAAGAGAGAGAAACCAAAGUCAGUACAGCUGUACAACCAAAUCGGCAACUUUUGGAGAAUCAAGGGUGACACUAGACAGAGCAUUGAGUGCUUCCGGCGAGCGUUGGCCGUGUCUCCUUAUAAUGCAGAAGUGCUCCUGAACCUGGCGCGCGUGCUAUUCACACUGCAGUACCUCGACGACGCUAUCUACCUGACGCGACGCUCGCUCGAGGUUCAGCCGCCGGACCGCAGCGCGUGGCAGCAGUACUUCACGCUCGGGGAGAUAUUUAAAGCUUAUGGACACUAUCAGGAAGCAGCGGUACAUCUCAAGCACGCGUUAGAUUUGAGACCGGACUUCGAACCGGCGCUGACGGCGCUAAAGGACAUUGAGAACAUACCGGAGGCAAACGUGCACGUGUACACGCUCCUUAUUAUUGUGUGUUUGGUGAUGGGCGUCCUCCUCGUAAUCCUCUCUUCCGUGGACAACAACGGCGAAGCGGAGGAGCACAAAACUCAGCGCCACUUCAACCGCGCCAUGGCGAUGCGCUCCCUGCGAGGCGUGGCCUUACCCGGCUCGCGCGGCCGCAAGAAAGGCGGCUCCUAAGCGGGAUAGCGGAAACCCGGUCUAAUGUCGAUGGUUUUGUUGCCGUUCGUUUCGACGAUGUACUUUGGAUUUAAAUUAUUUGGACUUUGUUUAUAAUUUCUAGAUGGCGGUGAUCUAAAAAAAAGUAAAUUAAAUAAGUCAUAAACUAAUCUGUCCAAUAUUUAAAUUUUUGGUACAAGUUUUUAUCGCCGACUGUAAUUUUCUUUGUACAGUCAUCAACUACUAGAUAGUUCAAACUAGAUAGUUAUUUUUAUUUAUUACAGUUCCUAUACCUUCUGUGUCUAAUUAUCAUCAGAAAGGUACAGAAGUUAAGUAGGUACUUAGCUAUGCUCAACUUCAGCAUAAUUGGAAUACUAGGAAGUGAAAUUGAUCGCGCAAGAUUACCUAUUUGAGAGUUGCAAUAAGUCACAAGCAAUGUGUUUUUAGUGUCUAGAAAUUAUAAACAGUAGGUAUAAUUUUUUUAAGUGAAGGAAAUUAGAAAUCUGAUUUGGUUAAAUGCUCAGUUAGGAAUUAUUAGUUUUUAUGGAGGUUGUGAUUAAAUUACUUAAUUUUUAUAUCACAGACAUUAGACCGGCGAUCUUUAUAACAUUUUAUCGCUUGAUAAUUACAAAAUUGACAGCUAAAAUGUUCCAGUAUCGCUAUUGAUAUCUAUGAGUAAGAAACCGAUGUUGUGGUACUGUUUCGUGAAAUAUUUUAUUGAAAAUAGUGAAUAACUUGCAUUUAAAGUUGAGUUGUGAUUGAAACUAGAAUUGCAGCCACGGGAAAAUUUAGCCAUAUAGGCGGGUUCACACAGAGCGAGCCGCCUCGUCAGGAAAAUGCCGCGCGGAGCAACUCGGUCGUUGGAGAUGUGCCUCGCCCGAGGUACGUCUACGGAGACCGAGCUGAUUCGCGAGGCGGCUCGUUCUAUGUGGACCCGCCUAAUUUAUAAUGCAAUGUCUAAUUGUCAAUUGUCAUAUUCCAAAAAUUUGACGAAACAGUGCGACAAAGAGAGGCUAAUGUACAAAAGUGACCUAACCGGUCUUGCCAUGUCUAAUUUGAUCUCUGCUUAGUAGUCUUCGUCACCUAUUGAUAGUUCCCUAAUGUGUCGUGUUUCCUUUUAGCGGUUUCGGUAUAUCGAAAGGCUUAUCAAAUUUACAAAUGUUAAUCUACAAGAAAAACCUGGUUCUUGUCAUAAUGUAUUUUAUUCUAACUCUUAUUUAACUGCUAAUGCUUGAUAAGCAAUACUAUUAAUACAUAACUACAUGGAAGGCAAUGGAAUGAAUAAACCUCGAAUUUCGUCAAGUCAUAAUCAAUAAUAGUUAUAUUUUUGCAAAUUGUUACUCCUUCAAAAUGCAGUAUUAUAAGGGAUCUACAUAUAAAGCGCGAUUUUGGUUUGAAGACUCGGGUCGGUUGUGGCGUGCAAGCCUAAGGAGCGUCUACUUUUGCAACCUAGUCAUUCACUUAGACAAGUGGGCCUACAGGCCGUGUGUGUUUCGUUAGUAGUGCAUGCAAAUAACUUGUUAAGUGUUCGUAGUGUCUAAGGAUUUAAAGGGAGGAGCGUCUUAAAUUCUGAGAUUGGUGAAAUGUACCUGUUUUCAGUGGUUCUUUUGUUAAUUUUUGACUAUUUAUUACUUAAUACAUGAUUGUCUUAGCAUCAA